UCCGGACACUCUUUUUCCAGAAGUAAAUAUCGGUGCAUACUUUCCCAUCUCAAAAACCUGAAAGAUGAGAGUAUGGAAAGCUAUGUCAGAUGCUUUGAAACAAUCAAUCAUAGCACACCCUUAUGUAGUGCAGAUCUCAAUCGUAGUAUUGCAAAUCCUUUGUGAUCUUGCAUUAAAAACCACCUUUUAGCAUUCAUUUCCUUGAUUUAUGCGAGGAACAUGAGCCCGGACGGACCAAUAUUUUGGGUCCAUUUUCACCACUUGCUUGCCUUUAAUUAUGUGUUGUAUUGGUUAUAAAGUAGUGUUUUAUUGGGGCACCCCGUUCCCUCUUUCUGUAUGUAUAUUUUCAGUUUAAGAGUAAUCAUCUUCAUAAAGAAAAUGAAAGUAACAAUCAAUAGCUAAUUAAUAGGUGAUUGGUUCUUCUCAGAAAUAAAAAUAAUAGCUCAGUCUGUAGUAUACUGACAUGGUCACCUGCUUUUCAAAGGUAGAGAACCUGUGAGAGAGAAUGAGAGCACAAAGAGCAGCUUUUAUUUUAGUGAUAUGCUCAUGUAUGUUUUUGUUUCAUUAUGUCAGUAAACUCUAGAGAGAGACAGAGAGAGAGAGAGAGAGAGAGAGAGAUUUAAACAUCUUGGGGGAUUGGAGUGAAAGAAGAGAGUGAAAACAGAGGUGGUGAGAAGAGCAUCAGUUCAUUCUUUGGAAAUGGCUGUCACAAUGGAUCAGAGCAGUGAAGAGAUGGUGUUCUCAGUAGAGUCUCAGAAGUCAGUGCCAGCACCAUUCCUGAUAAAGACAUACCAGCUGGUGGAUGACACUCGCACUGAUCACAUUGUGUCUUGGGGUGAAGAUGAAACCACUUUUGUUGUGUGGAGGCCUCCUGAGUUUGCUAGAGAUCUCCUCCCUAACUACUUCAAGCACAACAAUUUCUCCAGUUUUGUUCGCCAACUUAAUACCUAUGGCUUCAAAAAGAUAGCUACAGAUCGAUGGGAAUUUGCAAACGAGUACUUUAGAAAAGGUGCGAAGCACUUAUUAUCAGAGAUCCACAGGAGAAAAAACCCUCAGCUCCAUCACCAACACUACUACCAUGACCAUCAAGCACGCCAAUUUUUCCAACCUACAGGUGAUCAGAUUGGUAAUUGGUUUGAAUCUGAUCCAUUGCCAUCUCCAAAACCGAAUACCGAUAUCCUCACAGCUCUUACCGAAGAUAAUCAAAGACUAAGGAAAAAAAACUUCAUGCUCUUAUCUGAACUUGCCCACAUGAAGAAUCUCUACAAUGACAUCAUCUACUUCAUUCAAAACCAUGUAAAACCAGUACCCUAUGAUAAAAAAAGCAGUGAUUCUUCUGUUCCAAUGCUCAUAGAUUUGGAUUCUUCAUGUCGGGUUCAGAGUUUUGUGGGCGUUCAAGGUUCUAAAAAUGGCAGCAUGGGUAAGUCUUUGGUGACUAAUUCAACAGAGGAAACAGAUCAUAGCACUGCUGCUGUCAAGCUCUUUGGGGUCCCUCUCAGUGGCAAGAAGAGAUUGUAUUCAGAAAAGGCUGAUCAUCAAUCAGAAGUGGAGUUUGGGGUCUGAGAUGUUUAAUUAGCUUCUAAUUUUUGUAGGCUCCCAUCAUUUCUGAAAAAAAGGUUAUGUACAGUUUAAGAAUUGAAUUUUAGUUCAGGUUAAGAGCAGAAGGUCCACAAGUUUGGGGUUUCCAUUUUUUUCCCCAAGACAAAAAAAAGAUGAACUUUGACAUAUUUAAACCUUAGUAAUAUGCUAAUC